AUGAGCUACGGGUCAGACCAAUACAUGUCCUCAUCCUAUAGAAAGAUAUUCGGGGAAUCCCCUCGCCUUGCCAGUUCCUCUUCUAGAAUGAGCAAUGCCUCUUCACGGAGUUCCAUGUCUUCCAGCGGCUUCAGGUCUCUCUCUCUUACCCGUAGCAGCGCAUCUCCUGCGGGCUAUUACAAGAGAUCGGCCCGCUCAUCUUCCUUCUCACCGGUCCAUUUCGACAGUGUGGAUUUCUCACAAACAUCUGUGUUAAACAACGAAUUUAAAAUCAUUCGGACCAAUGAAAAGGAACAACUGCAGGGUCUGAAUGACCGUUUCGCUACGUUCAUUGAGAAAGUGCGCAAUCUGGAGCAGCAGAAUAAAGUGCUGGAGACCGAACUGGUGACUCUGCGCCAGCGGCAGAACGAGCCGUCCAGACUCGCGGAUCUCUACCAGCAAGAGAUCAGAGAUCUGCGCGCCCAGCUGGACGAGGCGAAUAGUGAAAGGGCUCAUGUUCUCAUCGAGCGAGACGGUAUCGAGGAAGACCUGCAGAAACUUCGAGGUAAUUUUGAGGACGAGAUCCGAGCGCGAGAAGAGGCUGAGCAGACUCUCAGAACCUACAAGAAGGACGUGGAUGAUGCCACGAUGGUGCGCGUAGACCUGGAGAGAAGAGUCGAGUCCCUCUUGGACGAAAUUAAUUUUCUGAGAAAAGUACACGACGAAGAGGUGGCGGAGUUGACGAAUAUGAUCCAGGCUGCCCAGAUAUCUGUGGAAGUGGAGAUGUCUAAGCCUGAUCUCACCUCAGCCCUCAAAGAGAUCCGUGGGCAAUACGAAACGCUUGCAUCUAAAAAUCUGCAGUCUGCUGAAGAAUGGUACAAAUCAAAGUUUGCCAGUCUGAAUGAACAAGCCACUAAAACCAACGAGGUCAUGAGAGCCACAAAAGAAGAGAUCAAUGAUUACAGGAGACAACUACAGUCUAAAACCAUCGAAAUCGAAACCUUGCGAGGCACAAACGAGUCACUUGAACGGCAGAUCCGUGAGAUGGAAGAUGCACACAAUGCCGAGGUCGCAGGUUAUCAGGAAACAAUUGGGCAGCUGGACCUUGAACUUAGGAAUACUAAGAGUGAAAUGGCUCGUCACCUUAGAGAGUACCAGGACCUUUUGAAUGUCAAGAUGGCAUUAGACAUUGAAAUUGCAGCAUACAGAAAGCUGCUGGAGGGUGAAGAAACCCACUUCAGUUCUGGGGUGACUUUCUCCAGCACACCCAGCAUCAGCUAUGGGUAUCAGAGUCGCCCCACUUUCACCUCAACCCGCAAUCCCAAAAAAGAGAAAGAGGAGGAGGGGCAAACAAAAUCUAAAGCAGCAGCCAAGCGGGAUGAGAACAUUGAGGAGACCACUGCUAAGAAGGCGGCAGAAAAGAGUGAUGUUGUUGAUGUUAAUUCAAAAUAAAAUAUUGAAAUGUGACAAAUUAUGAGGAUUAAAGCUAUUCUAGUUAACAGUCUUAUCACUCUUUAGUGCAACUGCUAUUACUACACCAUUGCUCGAUAACAGUUUAAAUGUUUGGCACAGUAAAAACUGCCACUAGGUUUUCAAGGAAUUUAGCACUUUUCAUAUAUUGUUACUGUGACACAGUGUUUUAAAAUCAUAUCUACAGUGUGUUGGUUUAACACACCAUAACUUAGGCCUCAAAUAGCCUGUGUAUUUCUUAAAUGUUGUAGUUUCAGACAUAGUAUCUAUAAACCUGUUAAUGAUUUUAGGACCAAAUCCAUAGACCUUAUAAUAUGGAGGGAUGACCAAGAUAGAGCCACAUUUGAUGUUGAUUCAGUGAUUUUAGAUACAUCUGUAUGUUUAUCAGACAGCACUAUGGCAUAUAAGGGACCAAACCACUGCAUCUUACAUCAACUCUACCACAUGUAUGCCUUAAACACACCAACAGCAGUAAUUAAAAUGUUAUGUUUGUUUAGUCUGUUUUCAUUCAUAAAUCACUCUUUGCAACAUCACUGAACUCUGUCCCAAAUCAAUA